GUGAGGGAGGGAGGGUGUGGAGUGCCAACUGCCAAAAGCGGCGUACAUGGUGUGACUACUAUAAUACCACGUACCACCCAAUCUUCCUCCUACGUCGUUGGACUUUCUUCUUCCACCCCACCACUCAAAAUCCGACACGUGUUCCUCCCUUUCCUCUCGCUGCUGCUACUAGCCUACUACUACUACAUGUCACUUGUGUAUGCGGCUCAUCAUCAUUCACCAGAGACUACACACAGACACAAAUCUCGGGUGAGGCAAAACCCAAGCAGCAUGGACAUGAUUCCUGGGAAGAUCCGAAAACGAGGCUGCUCCUCCUCUGCCUCCUCCUCCUCCUCCGUGCUCCACAACUACCGCUUCAAGAGAACCAUCCUCGUCGGGAAGCGUGCCGGAUCCACUACGCCCGUCCCCACCUGGAAGCUCAUGACCUCCAGAUCUCCGCUCCGGCCACUUCCCUCCCCCAAGCCCCGCCAGGUCGCCGUCUCCGCCAGAAAGCUCGCCGCCACUCUAUGGGAGAUGAACGAGAUUCCCUCGCCCGCCCUCAGCUCCAAGAAGGGCCUCAGACCCAGAGACCGAGUCGCCAGGUCCACGCGCUCCGGUUCUCUGCCUCCUCAUUUGUCCGAUCCAUCACACAGUCCCGUCUCCGAGAGAAUCGAUCGAUCCGGAACAGGGAGAAGCCAGAAAAGAACUCCCUCUAUUUCUCACAGGCAGAGGGUCACUGAACACCAUCUUGGUCCUUUCGAUUCUCUUAGCAAUGUUAGUCUCAUGGAGAUUGAAACCAGAUCACGAGCGCAGACCCCUGCUUCAUCUGCUGUUGGAGUUAAACCACGUUUAAAAGAUGUUAGUAAUGCUUUAACGACAUCCAAAGAGCUACUUAAAAUUAUAAACCGGAUGUGGGGUCAUGAGGAUCGUCCUUCCUCUAGUAUGUCCCUUAUCUCUGCUUUGCAUACUGAGCUGGAGAGGGCGCGCCUACAGGUCAAUCAGCUUAUCCAGGAACAGCGCUCAGAUCAGAAUGAGAUAAAUUAUUUGAUGAAGUGUUUUGCUGAAGAAAAGGCUGCUUGGAAAAACAAGGAGCAAGAAAUUGUUGAGGCUGCAAUUGAAUCUGUUGCUGGAGAACUCGACGUAGAGAGGAAGCUCAGGAGACGGUUUGAAAGCUUGAACAAGAAGCUUGGGAGAGAACUGGCUGACACCAAAGCAUCCCUUCUUAAGGUGGUGAAAGAACUUGAAAGUGAGAAGAGAGCAAGAGAAAUUAUUGAGCAAGUAUGUGAUGAGUUAGCAAGAGAUGCUGAUGAAGAUAAAUCUGAGAUUGAGAAACAAAAGAGAGUGUCUACAAAAGUUUGCGAAGAGGUAGAGAAAGAAAAGGAAAUAAUGCAGUUGACCGAUAGAUUACGCGAGGAGAGAGCUCAAAAGAAACUCUCCGAGGCAAAAUAUCAGCUCGAGGAAAAGAAUGCAGCUGUUGAUAAGCUCAGGAAUCAACUUGAAGCUUUUCUAGGAAGCAAACAAGUUAUUAGAGAAAAAGGUCGCAGUUCCACAACUUCCACUCACUUGAAUGAUGAAGAAAUUGCUGCGUAUCUGGGUAGAAGCCGAAUAGGUUCCCAUCUCAUUGCAGAUAAAGAAGAUGAUGAAGGAGAGGUUGACAAUGGACUAGAAUGUUGUGAGGAGGAAUCUGCUGAGAGUGAUCUGCAUUCUAUAGAGUUAAAUAUGGACAACAACAACAAGAGUUACAAGUGGACACACCCUUCCGAAACCAGAUUCGAUACGAGAAGAUAUCCAAUUGAGGAAGAAAUGAAAGGAAGUAGGAGGUCUACCUCUGGGAAAGCUUCGAGGAAAAGCACUUCCUUACAAAGGAGUAUAUCAGAUGGAAUGGAAUGGGGAGUCCAAGCUGAUAAGCUUCAAAAUUCAGGACAUGGGAUAGAUUGGGAAAGCUUUUAUGAACUGGAAAAACAAGCUCAAGGAAAAGGUUAUGGGGAUGAAAUGCAAGGCUAUAAAUCAGUGAAAGGUCUGAGGGAUCAGAUAUUGGCCAGUUCCAAGCUUGGAUCUUCAAGAGGUUAUGCCAGUCCAACUAGACAGUUUUCCCAGCCUUGGCCAUCACGAGAUCUCCCAAAUAAUUUUCAGGAAAGACCUGCUUCAGCGCAGGGAAAUGGUCUAAAAUCAAGGUUAGGGGAAGGCCAGAAUGUAAGGAAGUCCAAAAGGUGAGUUAAUGCUCAUGUCUUUGGACACAAACAUGUGGUUGCCAAGACCAUACCAGUUUGCUUCUGCUAUCAUGAUGGCUGGUAAAGUUGCAGGACAAAGAAUAUCAUAGAUCCACGAGCCACUUGGUAGAAGCUGAAAGAAGCUUUUCUCCUUUUAAGUUUUAUUCUGUUGAUAGCCCAUGCAUGGCUGCUGAAGUUGCAGCUCUCGCUGCUUAAAUUUUCAUUUGACCCUAUGUGUAGGUAUGGUCGUGUUUGUAGAGUUCAGAACAUGUGUUAUAUAAGUAUAACCCGCGAGUUUUUGUUUUCUUCUGUAAUAUAAGCUGAAGGUGAUUAAGAACAUAUUUUUUAUUUUCUC